CUUCACGGAGCUUCUUUUGUCUCCAUUAAUUGAAUGACUCACAAUUUUUAGCUCAGGCAUUAUGGGCAGUUUCCCAUACUGCCCCUACAAUGAAUUCCCCACCCUCCCGUCGGCCUGGUCGCCAGAGACGACCGCGAGUUCCUGAUGCGCUCCGCAAGAGAGCCGCGCGCGCAUGCCUGCCUUGUCGCCAACACAAGGAAAAAUGCCAUGGUGGCGGUCCACCCUGCGCACGCUGCCAACAAUACAAGCGCACCUGCCACUUCGAAGAUACUCGACCCAAGCCGACAGGUAUGUCCGCAGUACCGUUGCAGCGUGAGUUCCAAAUGGAGCGCAUUAUACGUCACUUCCUAGGCGAGGACAUCUCGCUCAAUCCCGCUCGGCUGGAGGAGACUGCGGACUUGUUGGAAAGCGGACGGUACCGUGGAACUCCUCUAGAGACGCGAGGGGUGGAGGAUGAAGACCAGACACCCGAGAGCUAUUCGUUGGAGCCAUUGUCCACGAACACCAUGCACUAUUCAGGGGAAUUAUCGCAUUGGAAUUUCUCCAAAAUGAUCCGUCGACGUCUACAGAGCUUGGGCACUCCUAAAGGACAGAAUGAUGGCUUGAAUCCCUCGGAUGGAUUCUUUCGCGCUACUGGUCUGCAAUCGGCCAGUUCGUGUGUCGCCUUGGCUAUAGGGUACUUCCCACCUCGUCCUGUUGCCGAAUUCCUCACCAAUACAUUUCUCGAGCAUGCACAGACGAACUAUUUCUAUUUCCCCGAGACAGUCUUUCGGGAGAAGAUGAACUACUAUUAUUCUGUCGACAGGCCGCUUGUUAUCGACGAUGCGGGUUGGAUUUGUACACUGUUAAUGACGUUUGCGAUUGGCACUCAAUUUGCAUACAUGCAGACUUCCUCGACGGAGAAGCCUCCUUUUUCGGAAGACAUCCCUGACGAUCGCAUCGGGAUGGAUCUAUAUCGGUUCUCGUGUCGUUUGAUCCCUGAUCUCAUCACCACCGCCUCGCUUGAGACUGUGCAGGCCUUUCUAUUACUGGGUGUGUAUACGUUGCCGAUUGAUACCGCAGGAUUGGCCUACACGUACUACGGCCUGGCUAUCAAAAUGGCCAUCCAGAAUGGAAUGCACCGAAAGCAUAUUGCGCCGUCGGUUUCGCCAGUGAUAGUGGAAUGGCGGAACCGUUUGUGGUGGACAGCGUAUUCCCUUGAAAGCCGUAUCAGCAUCCUCCAUGGGCGUCCUGUAUCCGUAUCUCCCUUUGAAACAGACGCCGACAUGCCUGCUGACCUGGUUGAGCUGCGCCAACCCAGCGGUAUCUCGAAUUUACCGAAUGUCACGGCAGCCAUCCACUUGACAAAGAAGCUUGGGAAAAGCAGGUGGUGGGACUCGCUCCCGAAAACAUUGCACUGCCGCGACCUUGAUCCAGCCGGGCCCUUAUUUCGGUCCAAUGUGCACCUUGAGCUAAACUACGCUACCGCACUAAUUUACAUGGGCCGGCCUUUUAUCUUUCUACAAAAUGAGAUCGCGGAUAGCGGUGGAUAUGGAUCACAAAAAGAGGGUGGUCGUGCAGAGUUAAUCGAGGCGUUCUCGCGAAACUGCACACGAGCAGCCAUAAGAAUCAUUGACCUUUGUCAGCUGCUGCAUGACUCGGUCGGACUCGCACGCGUGUCAUACACAGAGUUCAGUUCGUGCCGCACAGCUUUGCUGGCCUUGAUUGCGCAACUCCUCAGCGGGUCAUCAGAACCGAUAGGUGGCGCCCUAACGCGAGGAUUGGGCCUGAUCCGCCAGAUCUGUGUAGGGUUGGAGUCGGCUCGGUCGGAGAUUGCAGUAAUCGAAGCGCUUGAGCGUGCUCGGCAGCAGCUUGGUCUCGGCGAGCGAUCUCCCCUAGGAGAUUCGUCUGAGACAGGCUAUGACCAAUUCCAGAAAUGGGCCAAGCUCUGGCGCCUAGGUCCUUUGAACUCGGAAGCUUUUUCACCUCCUGCAGGAGUUGAGUCGCCCAACAAUCCAGGCAGUAUUCCUUCAUUUGACGGGUUUUUCUCUUCGUUUCCGCAAGAACUGGAUGCCUUUGCCGCGAUUCCAGGCUCCGAGGAUACUGCAGCGCCGCCUAGCAUAUGGCCUGUGCCGGAUGCAUUUCUCUUGUUUCCUGGAAAUGUGGACGCCGAAUUGGAGUUUGAUAGGCCUCAAUGA